AUGGUUCCCUGCUUCGUUCUAGCAGGGAAGCAGUGCAGCCGGCCCGGGAGUUUACCAACCCCACCGGCCCGGCGGGGCCCAUAUGUGGUGGAGCUGGCCCAUUUGACUGGGGCCGCGUUUUGUGGGCCGCGCCCGCGCGCUGGGUGGCCUGUCCCCCGCGGUUGCUUGCCUGUGUGCUGUGGGCCGCCCGCCGCCAUGCGGCGUCGGCCCGCCGGUGGGUCUCGUGGCUUGGGUCAAUUUAUUUGCCGGCGCGACUAG